UAUUAGCAUGUGGGGCUAACAGAAGUGCCUACUUGCUUCUGAAGAAAACAAAGCAGCGUACCGGUGGGACGCCUGUCAUCAUGCCUGUAUUGCGGAGUGAUUUGUGACAAACAGUGCUAAGAUGAUGAACGACAUCAUGGAGGAGCCGGAGAAGGACAGUUUGCUGGACGCUCCGCCGGAUCCUCAAGUUUUAUCGGGGCCCAGUAGUGGCACAAGACCUAAGAGUGCUGAUGGAGGGAUCCGACCGGUGGAGAAAAGAGGACCUUACAUCAUGUCCAGAGCCCCAGCUAUCCACCUCAAACUACAGAAACACCGGGAAAUGGCAAGGAAGGCUCUGAAAAAGAAAGCCCUCUCACCAGGACCUCCAGUGAUGCAUCAGCCCAGACAAGGAGCUAAGAGGACAGUGAAGUAUAACAAGGGCUACACUGCUUUGAGCCAGCAUGCCGAGGAAAGUUUGGUUGCACUGGACUCAGACAGUGAUGAGGAAAUCGAUUUUGAGCAGUAUUCCUCAGGAUACUCUUCAGCUGAGGUUCAUCCUGAUUUAAGCAAGCAGCUUCUUCAGGACGGCUACCGUUUGGACGAGAUCCCCGAUGACGAGGACCUGGACCUGAUUCCGCCCAAAGCCAUGGGCUCCUCUGUGUGCUGCUGCUCUGAGGGCCCAUCCUGCUCCAUGCAGUGAUGCCGGAGCACUGACUCAAACUCUCUGGCUCCAGUCCCUGUCCCUGACUCCUGUCACUGGUGCCUGAGGCCCUCUUUCUGACCCAGCUCACUGUUGUGCUGCCUGAGGACUUCCAGCUGAGAAGCCAAAAUCCUCUUCAUGCAGGACCGUCUGCACCAGGCUCGCUCGACUCACACGACAACACGAGGGACAUGAGAACAAGCCUUAUCCACUGUGACCCCAAAGCUUCAUGUAUUUUUUAUUUCUGUUUUUCUUUUUAUGAAACUACGUGCGAUGCUUUAAUGCCUCUUUUCCAAAAAGAGCAGUGGAGAGAGCCUUUCCUUUAGAUAAAGUAAGUCCUUUUUAACUUAAAACAGAGUGGUCUUUCUCUGCUCUGUGGUCAGGUCUGCAGCCCUCUACGCAUGAGGAGUAUACAGUAGUGGUGUAUUGUGUUUAAUGUUCCAGCCUUUGGGCAGUUAUUAAAUAAGUCAGAUGUGGGAAAAUCUAAA